AUGAGCACCCAGAACCAGCCACUCAACAUCUACCUUGUCGGAGCCCAUUUUACCGGGAAGACAACCCUUGUCGAGGGCCUCCGUACCCACCUAACAGACAGUCUGGUCGCAGAACUGUGUGGGGAGAAUGGAAGCCCCGCGAUCAUUAACGAGCUUGUCCGGGAUAUCAUGCGCACGGACGGCUUCACUGCAAGUGAUGUCAGAAACCCCACUGCGGGGCUGGAGCUGCAGAAAAGCACCAUACUAGCUCAACAUCAAGCGGAAGAAAAGCUAAAAGGCAAAUGGUAUAUUUCAGAUAGAUCAGGAAUCAAUCCUAUUGUGUACGCUGAGGUGUUUCUGGGACGACCAGCGGCUGAGGAGCUGACAAAACUGAAAGAAUGGCGCGUCCUUCGGAAGAAGAUGAAGAAAGCAUGCGUCAUCGUUUGCGAAGCCCCGGAACGUGAGCUGGCUAUCGAGCGAUAA